CUAAAAACCCCCUUUCCGUGUAAUCUCUCUCUCUCUCUGUAGAUGAUGGUGAUUCCGUCAUUCCCCGAGUUCAUCCUUCUGUAUUAGUUAUUGUCUCUGAGUUCAACCUCUCCGAGCACAAAUCCUCGGAAGAUUUUUGGGUUUCUGUAAUGGCGAGAGUAGAGAAACGCGGGCUGUCGCAGAGCUUGGUCGAUUUACUGAACGAGAUUGCCUCGAUCUCCGAUUUUCGGGCUCCGGCGAAGAAGCAGUGUUCGAAUCUCGCUCGUCGGUUGAAGCUUUUGCUUCCUAUGUUCGAGGAGAUUAGAGACGGUAAGGAUGCCAUCUCCGACGAGGCUGUGAAAGCCAUGGGAUCGUUGAAGGAGGCGCUGGUUCCUGCCAAGGAGUUGCUCAUGUUCGGAAGUGAAGGGAGCAAAAUUUACCUGGUCUUGGAGAGGGAUCAAACCAUGGGUAAAUUUCAGGAGGUAACGAGUCGAUUGGAACAGGCUUUGAGGGAAAUUCCCUUUGAAAAUCUGGAAAUAUCAGAUGAAGUUAAGGAACAGGUUGAGCUUGUUCUCUCCCAGUUCAAAAGAGCCAAAGGAAGAGUCGAUGCCCCUGAUGAUGAACUGUAUGGAGAUCUUGUUUCCCUUUACAGUAACGGAAGUGGAAAUAUCGCAGACCCGGAUGUUCUCAGGAGAGUUGCUAAGAAGCUAGAACUGAUGACAGUGACAGAACUCACGGAAGAGUCGUUGGCUCUACAUGAGAUGGUUACUUCCAGCGGUGGAGAUCCCGGGCAGAGCUUUGAGAAGAUGUCAAUGGUACUGAAGAGAAUCAAGGACUUUGUACAAACUGAGAAUCCUAACUUAGAAGCUCCCGCAAGACAGAGACGACCACCUCCUAGUUGCAGAGGGCCGAGGCUACAAGAAGGAGACCAGAAGAACCCCUUUAUUCCAGAAGACUUCCGCUGUCCAAUAUCACUAGAAUUGAUGAAGGAUCCAGUUAUUGUUUCAUCUGGGCAGACAUAUGAACGUGCCUGUAUUGAGAAGUGGUUGGAAGAAGGGCAUUUAACAUGUCCGAAGACCCAACAAACACUUACAAGCACUGCCGUGACACCAAACUACGUCCUUAGAAGCCUUAUAGCUCAGUGGUGCGAAGCCAACGGUAUUGAACCGCCAAAACGUCCCAGCCGUUCUCAACCAAGUAAAGCCUCGUCAUCCGCUUCACCUGCUGACCGUAACAAGAUAGAAGAAAUCCUACAUAAGCUCGGUUCUCAAAACCCAGAAGAGCAACGGUCUGCUGCAGGAGAAAUCCGCCUUCUUGCAAAACGGAGCACUGAUAACCGAAUUGCCAUUGCUGCAGCAGGUGCAAUCCCUCUACUAGUGAAGCUCCUCUCAACACCCGACUCCCGAACCCAGGAACAUGCUGUCACGGCACUUCUCAAUCUCUCGAUAUGCGAAGCGAACAAAGGAAGGAUCGUUACGAGUGGAGCAGUGCCGGGUAUUGUUCAGGUCCUCAGGAGGGGAAGCAUGGAAGCGAGGGAAAACGCAGCAGCAACUCUCUUCAGCCUCUCGGUCAUGGAUGAGAACAAAGUGACGAUAGGUUCCCUGGGAGCGAUUCCACCGCUCGUGACACUGCUCAGUGAAGGAACACAGAGAGGCAAGAAGGAUGCGGCCACUGCAUUGUUCAAUCUGUGCAUAUUUCAGGGGAACAAAGGGAAAGCCGUGAGAGCAGGGUUAGUUCCCGAGCUGAUGCGGCUGUUAACAGAACCAGAUGGUGGAAUGGUUGACGAAGCACUUGCCAUACUGGCGAUACUGUCCAGCCAUCCUGAAGGGAAAGUGGCGAUAGGAUCUGCCAACGCGGUGCCAGUUCUCGUGGAAUUCAUCAGGAACGGUCUGGCCCGGAACAAAGAAAACGCAGCUGCUGUGUUGGUACACCUCUGUUCAUGGGAUCAGAGCCAUCUAGUGGAAGUUCAGAAGUUGGGAAUCAUGGGCCCUCUGAUCGAAAUGGCGGAGAGCAGCACUGACAGAGGAAAACGCAAAGCCGGACAGCUGCUCGACCGCAUCAGCCGUUUCAAUGAACAGCAGAAACUAAGCGGGCCUCGACCCGAGCAUGCGGAAACGCAACCUGACUCCCAGAACCUCGGAGAAGGCUAAGAUCUGUUUCCGGGUUUUCGAGGUACGUGCAAAAGGUUCUUGCUUUGGUAUGCUUGUGAGGGUCUGUCUCUUUGUUUCUCUUUUAACAGAAUCAAAGAGGCAAGGGAAGGGGAGAGAGUGUGGAAGAUCACAUCUCCUCAUCUGUUCGGUAAAGAGCUCUUUUUUUUCUUAGACAUUCCAUAUUUUUCAUUUUGCCCCUCUCUGGGUAAUAUGACCAAAGUAACAUUCAACACCUCAAAGGAUAAGAUAUGUUGUAGCCAUCGCAAUAGAGAUAGUAUUCGACCUCUCGAAACUACUGUCUUGUUGGGGAGAGUGAUGGUUGGAUUUAAGUGCAAGUUGUGAUUGUUUUGUACCUUUUUUUUUUGGAAAGUCAGUCAUAAAACGUGGAGUUUUAGGUGUUA